CCGCGCGUGUAAAAUGUACUGACCUAACCUAACCUAACCUCACUACAGAAUUUGCACAUUACAGCGCAAUUUAUUACUAGCGACGCGCGACUUCCGGUUAGCCUUGUUCCCAGGAGGGGGGUCCGAUAUGGGAAUUUUGCAAUUUCGCAACAACGAAACGAACUCUCAAAGUUUCGGAUUGUAAUCAGAGUGCUGCACGGAUUGCCGGAUAAGUUUGUGACGCCGCGGUUUGUCCAGUGAAUCGUGUAUUUAACGUCGUCGUCAUGCUCUAUGUUGCCGUGUUCGCAUAUUUACCAACUUCGGAAUUAACCUGCCAAAUCGUCGACAGCGAGCUCCACCGGUACACGUAAUGCUUGCAUGAUACACUUUUGUGACACGUCUCACUUGGCGUCUGCCCGAAUGUGACUUUCGCCUAAGUAGACAGUAUGUCGAACGCAGCAGUAGUAACACUCAGAAUUCUCACUCUAGUCAAAGAUAGGAAAGUUAAAAGUAGCGAGAUAGGAACAGCUCUUAGUUUGCAUGCAGUUAUCAAAUCAGUGAGCAGAAUCGAGGAACCUGACGUCUCCUACUAUGAGGAUGCGCUGGAAGAAAUUCUCGUUCAGGUCACGCAUGGAAAAGUUCAAGGCAGUUUCGACAAAUGCGUCCUCCAUCGCUGGUGCGAAGACCCGGGCUACCCAUCCGACUGGUGGCUCAGCCUCAGUGGCAUCGAAGAUAGAGUCAUCGACGACUUGCCAAGUGGUGUCUAUGACAUGGGCAAGAAAGACGUCGACAUCGAAUCAUUCAGUUUAGGGAGUUUCCUUGGUCUAAACACCUUUGUCGAGCACUACACAUCGACUCCAUAUGGGAAGCGCGCACAGCACCGCCCCAUUCGGAUCACUCAGCAAGCAGUGGACUUUCUCAACACUGACAACAUAUUGUAUCUCGAGUUUGUUGACGUCAAAGAACCCAAGGACAAGACACAAUGGAGCGGAGAGACGCACGCACGCCAUAGAAUGGUGAUAUCGUUUUCUUCAAUAUGCAGAAUUGUUCUGGUGAGAAGACGAGACAAGUCCACGAUUGCUUAUUUGCAUCUCUUGACCUCGCCACUGUUGUACCGUUAUCAUUGCGUCUCGAAACAGAAAAACUCAUCUUGGGCGGACAGGUGGGGCAAAGAGUGCGACGAGGUGCCUAAACCUGAUCUCCGUCCUGAAGAUGCUAAGCCAGAGGACGGGGAUGAAAACUCCAAGGAUGAAGAUGAAGACCUCGCGGUUCUCAAACAGGAUGUCGACGCAUGUCCCGAAUGGAAGGUGGAGCACAAGUAUGUCACCAAGUACGAAGCCCAGACCGAGAGCAAAUAUGUGAGGGUCAUCGAAUUUGGGAAGGAUCAGACUUAUUGUGGAGCAAAUGUCCUCGGAAAUUGCAGGGUGUUAAAACUCGAGUUUCCUCCCAACGAUAUUCACUGGGAUGCGCUCAGGGCCAUGUUCCUGCAUUGUCAGAAGAUUCCGGUCUAUUUUGGGCCUGUCCGAGAAGUACCAAAGAGGAACGGUCCCGGUGUGGCAUUCAAGUACGCUUCCUUCGAUUGUCAGUACGCUCUGCAGUGCGUGCUCUCCUGUUCCACACAGGUUGCAGAUGAGUUGGCUGUGCGUGGCACGGUGAACGAAAUUUCUGGUAUGUUGAAGAAAUAUGUGGAAGAAGAUCAGAUCGCUUUGCAAGAGGCCUUGUACGAGCUUCAUGUGUCAAUGAGCCAUGCCAAAAUCGUCACAUUUAAGGCGGGACUGGAAACACUCUUCAACAAAUAUAAGUCACGCCGAUGCAAGAGCCCCUUUACGGGCUCUGCGGUCAGCGGCGACAUCUCGGAUAAGGUCCUCCUAAUCCGCAAGGCUGUUCUGACCCCAACCAAGCUCCUCUUUCUUCCUCCUCAACUCAUCUGCAAGAGUCGAAUGCUGGUACACUUCGAUCCCGAGCACGCCAUGCGAGUCAUUGUCCGUGAGGACGAUGGACGCCAGCUCUCUUUCUCGCUCGGCGUCAACCGCUGGGAGUUCCUGAAGAACAACACCAAGCCACGCAUGCUGAAAGGUUUCAAGGUCGGCAAUCGGAAGUACGAGUUUUUGGGAUCCUCAACGAGCCAGCUCCGUGACCACGGGGUGUGGUACUACUCGAAGGAUCCGCAGGGACGCACCGUGGCGGAUGUUCGCUCCAACAUCGGAGACCUUUCCGCGAUAAGGACAGCAUCCAAGUAUAUGGCUAGGAUGGGACAGGCAUUUUCCCAGUCCAUAGGUUUCGUACACAUCCCUCGCACCUGCACCCAAGUUGUGGACGACAUCACGGCAAUAGGGAAGUUGAACUUGGAAUAUAAUUUCUCCGAUGGAGUCGGGAGGAUUUCGAAGAGCUUGCUGGAGAGGGUACACAAAGCCCUUCCAGAAGAAGGAAAGCCGUGUGCAAUCCAAAUCCGUUAUGGAGGGGCCAAAGGCAUGUUGGUGCUUGAUCCAACGUUGGAAGGCGAUCAAAUUAUAUUUCGUCAGAGCAUGUACAAAUACCCGUCAUCGCACGAGGAGCUUUUUGUGCUCAAGUCGAGCAAGCCACGAGUGGUGAAGCUGAACCGGCCGAUGAUCACAAUCCUAGCCCAGAAGGGAUCAAAAAAACUGCGUGACAUCAAACCGGAAGUGUUCUAUAAACUGCAGAGAAUGUCCUUGGAGCUGUUCAUGGACAGCCUGUUCGACAGCAGCAAGGCAGCGGCCAUCUUCAAGGCAGAGACCCAGUUGAAGCUUCCCUUUGACGGGUUGGCGGAGGCGGGGCUGGACCUGCAUGAUGAACCUUUCUUUCGCAACAUGCUCCAUGCGAUCCACCGCAGGUCUAUUAAGGACAUCAAAGAGCGGGCCAACAUCCUCAUCCCUCCAGAGUUUGGCCGGACCAUGUUUGGUGUGAUGGAUGAGACAGGCACUCUGCAUUAUGGAGAAGUGUUUGUGCAGUAUGCCAAAUGUAUGGAUAAGUACGGACCUGAAGACCAGUAUGAAAUUCUCACAGGUGAUGUCGUCGUGACUAAGAACCCCUGCCUGCACGCUGGAGACAUUCGUCGCCUGCGGGCAGUGGAUGUCCCCGCGCUUCACCAUGUCCGCGACUGCAUUGUGUUUCCCUCCACAGGGAAGAGGCCCCACUCAAAUGAAAUGGCAGGCUCUGACUUGGAUGGAGACGAAUAUUCUGUCAUUUGGUACAAGGAUCUCAUCUUCCACAACAAUGAUGACCCGAUGGACUUCUUCAGCGAUCCACCGAAAAAUAAAGAAGGUCAAAUUGAGGUAGAAGACAUGGUUGAAUUCUUUUGCACCUUCAUCAGCAACGACGUAGUGGGGCUUAUUGCCAGUGCUCACUUGGUUUGGGCCGAUCUGCUCGACAGGGGGGUCAAGUCAGUGAUGUGCAAGAGGUUGGCGAUUAAAGCUUCUCAGAGUGUCGACUAUGCCAAGACGGGACAGAAUCAGAACCUUAGAAUGUCAGAAACUGUGAAGAUGUAUCCAGAUUUUAUGGGCAAGCAUGCAGAGAAGGAGACCUAUAUCUCAUCCAGCGUUCUAGGGCACUUGUACCGCUACUGUACGGCAAUGGAAGUGGAAUUAGAAGCGACAGCCACUCCAGGUGAAGCACUGCCAGACUCGCGUCUCCUGUUGCCCGGCCGAGAGUCCUAUCUUGCAGAUGCCGAGAUGGAGUUUGAAGAGUAUGACUUUAAGAUCAGGUCACUCCUGACAACAUAUGGCAUUGACACCGAAGCCGAGGCUCUUUCUGGUGCUGUUUAUUCCCAGAACAAGUACGUCAAGGAGAAGCACAACCCGACAGAUGUUGCCAUCGUCCUUCAGAGCCAGGUCCAACACAUCGUGAAACAGAUGCGUAAACGCUUCUACGAGGGACUUCCAAAUGACUCGGACUACUGCGAAGCCAAACUGAAGGCAUCAGCCUGGUACCAGGUUUCCUACAACCAUAAUAGUAAGGGGGCCUCUGGAUUCCCGUGGGUCGUCGCCGACAUUCUCGAAAUGGUGCUCAGAGACUGCGACGACAGCAGACAGCCGGACCGCGGUUCCCUCCGCGAUCGCUUCAACAAGCUCCUGCUCCAACGGCUGGAGGACGACAGCGAGCUCCAUGGGGUGGUGACUAACAAUGCCAUCAUCCUCCUCAACAAGUGGAUCGAUAGCAAUGCUGCUCUCUUGAACCCCAGGAAUGAGGAAGACUUGAAGAUGUGCAAGCUCUGGAUCAGAAAGACCUUCAGCGACACCUUUCAGAAGCUGUUACAGACUCACGGGAAGGAGCGGCUCAAACUUCAGCCUGGUCUCUCAAUCCUGCACUGCCUGAAGCGUACCUGCGCAUUAUGUUUCCAAGGGUCGUGGGACGCGAAAGGCGAGGCAGGGACGUAUAACCAUCGCCUGCGCUACUGCUUGGGUAAGCUCGCACUUAAGACGUUCAACAGGCUUCUGUCUCUUGGAGACGGCAGUGUACUGUUAGACGGGAAGGGCUUCCAGACUGGAGCUGUGCUCUCGUCUGUCGUCCUGGUUCCCAUCAAGAAGGACCACAUGAUGUUCUUCCAAUGUGUCAUGAGGAACGAGGCGGUUUUCAUCGACUUGCUCAAGACCUGGACCAACCUGGAGUCUGUGGUGCUGGGCCUCACGCAGGAUCGCCUGGACCAGUGGUUCUUGAAGCUGUGGGUGAAGGGGAAGCACUUUGCGGUCGAGGGGCUCAAGGAAAUUGUGCUGCAUCCCACGUUCAAACGCAUAGUCAUCUACACGAUAGAACAGCACCUCAAAAAUAAGGAAGACAAAGAGACAUAGAUUCUGUGGUCACGUUACAUCUCCUCACUUCUAAGUUGCGCUCUUUAAUCACGUGCACCUAUGUUUGAGGGGCUACGAGGCUAGUCCAACGUGCUUACAGAAGCAGAUGGGAGUCAUUACUGGGAACAACACGUUCUUGUCGAUGGGUGCUCAGAAGACACAGUUAUGAUUUUGAGGGGCAAGAGCACUGAUUUGUCUUUGUUUGCAUGGCGCGCACCUUCACUUAUUUGUUUGCAUAAUUUGUUACAGCUUCGUGCGGAGUUGUUAAAAGUGGACCAUAGUUUUAUUUGGCUUUGUUCUUUGUUGUACGUUUUCGUGUCUGAUGAUCCUACGUUGUUUGUGUCAUGCAACAGAAGUUUCGUGGUUUGCAGUAACAGUGAAUAUGCGAUCAUAAUACGUAUCACAACCAGAACAAUACUGAACUGUACAGUUCAGGGUACAGUCUUAAAGUUGUGCGAUGUUUCUCUGCAACCCUAGUCAUGUGCCAAAUCGUCCCUGCAAAGUCUUCAGUGAGUGUCCAAAAAAAAAAAGGAUGGCAAAUGUAAGAUAUUUUUGUACAAUUGAAACUCGUUAAUAUAUGACCAUGACUGUUUCCCAGCCAAUUUUGGUCGUAAAGCGAACUGUCAUAUUAACAAACACCAUGAGUCGCACCAUGCCGUUCACGUGAGCUUUGAAAAGUAAAAAAAUUGUGUAAGCUGGUAACAGAAUACGAAUAAUGGCAUUUUAAAAAAACAUAACACUUUUUUUUUCUUCUUGUCUGAUACAGGUGUCUGCUUAGUGCAGUUCUCAAUCUGACUCACAUGCGCUACUUCAUUCCUUCACUCAGCUCAGUUCGUUUGUGCUUCUCCUCAGACGUGGUCAAUGAAUGGCGUAUGACUGGUCACCAUGACCAUAUGACCAGGGACACUGCUCUUUUAAGCACGUCAGACGGGCAUUGAGAGUCACCCCAAAGCACGCCCACGUUUUGACCAUCAUAGGUCAGAAGAACAGCCUUUUCAGUGACCAAAGGUCAUAGUAUACUGCCAGGGGAAAAUACAUAUGUUUGUCCCUGGUUGUGCUGAAAAUACUGGUCAUUGUCAUAUAAAUAAAAUGUCAUAUUAACAAACGAGAGUUAUAUGCGGAGUCCGCUGGAGCCCGGAGGGAACUGUUCCUGAGAAAAAGAGUCAUAAAGCUGUGAUGACAUAUUAACGAGGUUCAACUGAGUCACGCAGUCCGCUGAGUCCGCAGUCACUGAGACUGCACUGCAGGUGUGUUGUGCCAUAAUAUAAGCGAGCUCUGCGUCCCAUAAUGUCCUUUUGGACAUUCCUACAUGAUUGCGAGUCACCCUGGGACAUAUAAAGCAAACAUGGAGCAACUGUAACAACAACAAAACAACAACAAAAUAAUUGUGUAUUUUAUAGGAUUCUAAUAAAGAUUACAAGUAUAUACUACGAUGCAAAUACA